CAACGUUGAUUGAGGUUGAAUGAUUUAUGUACAAAGACGCUAUAUAUUCGCGCUCCUGUUUCAUGUGCGCUAUAAAAAAACUGGGUCUAAAUUCUUGUCUUUUGGUGUUGUCUGAGAAAGAAAGAGAGAGAGAGAGAUUCAAUGAGGCGCCCAUUGCACACACUGUUGCUGGCAGCAUUGUUCUGGGCAUUUCUUGUUCUGGGUUCUUGUAAUUGCUCCAAAACAACUUCAGAUCAAGAGAGAGAUAGGAUAACGUAUUUGCCCGGGCAGCCGCUCAACACCCAGUUCAGUCAGUUCUCCGGUUACGUCACCGUGAAUGAGACCGCCGGGAGGGCACUGUUUUACUGGCUCACUGAGUCGCCGGCGAGUCAAGACCCAGUGGAAAAGCCACUGGUUUUGUGGCUGAAUGGAGGGCCUGGCUGCUCUUCUGUAGGCUAUGGAGCUGCUGAAGAGAUUGGCCCAUUUCACAUCAACCCUGAUGGCAAAACUCUUUACCUUAAUCCUUAUUCUUGGAAUAACGUGGCGAAUUUGCUGUUUCUUGAUUCACCGGCUGGUGUUGGUUACUCCUACUCAAAUACAACCUCGGAUUUGAUAACUGCAGGCGACAACAGAACAGCUGAAGAUGCAUACACAUUUCUUGUCAAGUGGUUUGAAAGGUUUCCUCAAUACAACCACAGAGAUUUCUACAUCAUGGGAGAAAGUUAUGCAGGGCAUUAUGUUCCACAGUUAUCUCAGCUCGUCUAUGAAAGAAACAAGGGAAUCGAGAACCCCAUCAUCAACUUCAAGGGCUUCAUGGUGGGGAAUGCAGUUAUUGAUGAUUACCAUGACUACAUUGGCACAUUUGAGUAUUGGUGGACUCAUGGCCUCAUCUCAGAUUCUACAUACGAGGUGCUAAACAAAUAUUGUGAUCCGUAUUCAGCUGAACAUCCUCCAAUUGAAUGUGUGGGAGCUCUGGCACUUGCAGAAACGGAGCAGGGAGAUAUUGAUGCUUAUAGUAUAUACACUCCUGUCUGCACUCAAACUUCUUCAUCUUCUUCUGCUCGGUUCAAACUAAGGGGUCACUAUCCAUGGAUGUCCAGAGCAUAUGAUCCAUGCACUGCCAACUAUGCACAAGUUUACUUCAAUCUACCAGAAGUGCAGAAGGCAUUUCAUGCCAAUGUGACUGGAAUUCCCUAUCCCUGGGAUACAUGCAAUUAUGAUGUUAAUGGCAACUGGGGAGAUUCUCCUGUGUCAAUGCUACCUAUUUAUCAAGAACUCAUUGAUGCUAGUCUCAGGAUAUGGGUAUUCAGUGGGGAUACUGAUUCAGUGGUUCCACUAACUGCAUCCCGUCGUUCCAUUAACGCGUUGAAGCUUCCAACCAAGAAAAACUGGUAUCCUUGGUAUGACAAUGGAAAGGUUGGUGGUUGGAGCCAAAUAUAUGAAGGGUUGAGUCUUGUGAGUAUACUGGGAGCAGGACAUGAGGUGCCAUUAACAAGGCCUCAACAUGCUUUGACUCUGUUCAAAUCAUAUCUGGAGAACAAGCCAAUGCCAACUUUGUCAGAAACUCUCAAGUCUAGUUCUUAAAGAAUUGAGAAUUGAAGAAUGAAUGAAUGCAAGACAGUCGAGCAAUUCAUCAAACAGAAGAUGGGCAUUGUCAAAAAGAACAAUCAUAAGCGCCAUCGACUUUUCCCCAGAAAAUAAACGAAGAAGCUUCAGCCACAACUGUUGACGCCCCACCGGAUUCAGGCCCCACGCCUUCCGUGAUUAGUUAAGAGGCAACUGUUGUCUUCAUACCUUAUCUUUUCAGUCAAAUACAGCAAGCCCAAGCAGGUAAACCGUAAGCAUUAAUUACAAUUUACAAAUGCUUCUUCUGCUGAUGUUCUCUCGUCGUAUUGCUUCCGCCAUCUUAUUUCUCUCCAACUACUAUACGCUAACCAGCUAAUCAUUGUGUAUUAAAGCCUUAAUCCUUUCCGCAUUAUUUUAAUCUUCCUACAAUGGCUACAGCACAGAAAUCUUUAAAAAGAUCGUAUUUUUAUAUGCUCCUCUACAUGUGAAUUGGUGAUGCUGCUUUGUCGGCCAAUACUAAUAUGUGGAAAGUACGCACCCCCAUGUGCGCCUCUAACCUGUUCGGUCAAAUGCUUCAGUUAACAAGCAUAAAAUCUUAAUCUUUUUUUUUACUCUCAACCUGCCUGUACGUUUUAAUCAACAUUUUACUAACAUUCUCAACUUUGACAAUAACUGUAAACUGUGUGCUCCAUGCAGGGAUCAGGUUGAAGAGCAUUAAUAGCAGUAAAUGUUAAGACAAAUGAUGUGAAAAGUAAUUACUCCCUUUUUGACCAGUUUUGCUAAACCCAAUUGUGAACGUGAUUAGUAUCAUUAAUGUGAAUAUUUUAUAUUAAUUUUUCCUGAAGUGGCUAAGACAUUUUGGAGAUC